AAAUAAAGUUUGUUGAAAGCCGGAAGUGUGACGUCAAACAAUGGCGGCCUCCAUGUGUCUGUAGAAACAACGUGAUUUCAGCUCGUUUUCUAGCUUUUAAUCUAAAGAGAAACCAAACGUCCGUCAGAAUAUUUUGAGGUCCACAAUAAGGUGCUCAGGGUGAACGAACUGUCAAUUGGGAGGCAGAGCUCAUCUCUGAGAUGGCUUCAUUCAAACCCACUAAAAUUCAGACGUAUCCCAAACUAGGAGAAAAAGUGACAGAGGAUACGCUAUACUGGAAAAAUUAUAAGGCUGCAGUGAAUAUUAAAGAGUUUGGUGCCAUCACAAAAAUCGACUUCUCUCCUCUCCAACCUCACAAUUAUGCAGUCACAGCAUCAACCAGAAUUCAGGUAUAUGGACCUCACUCCCAGGAGCCCAUACGGAGCUUCACACGUUUUCGGGAUACAGCGUAUGGAGGGAGUUUCAGAGGCGACGGCAAGCUGUUAGUGGCCGGAAGUGAAGAGGGACUCAUCCGACUGUUUGACGUCAGCGGACGAGUGGCUCUUAGGCAGUUUAAAGGACACUCCAAGGCGGUACAUGCAACCUCAUUCCUGUCAGAUGGGUUUCGUGUGGUGUCAGGAUCCGAUGAUCUGUCCUGUCGUUCGUGGGAUGUUGCCAGUGCCACGGAGCUCAGCUCUUUCACCGAACACACAGACUACAUCAGAACAGCUUUUCCAAGCAAACUCAACCCAGAGAUGUUUGUCACAGGUUCGUAUGAUCACACAGUGAAAUUAUUUGACAUGCGGUCAGGUGGAAGUGUGAUGAGCAUGAAUCACGGUCAUCCUGUGGAGUGUGUGCUGCUUUACCCUUCGGAGGCCCUGCUAGUUUCAACAGGAGGGCGCUAUGUGAAAAUCUGGGACCUUUUGAAAGGUGGCCAACAGCUCGUUUCUCUGAAGAAUCAUCACAAAACCGUUACGUGCGCGUGUCUGAGCUCAACACACAACAGGUUAAUCACAGGAUCCUUGGACAGGCAUGUGAAAGUGUAUAACUCUUCCUAUAAGGUCGUACAUAAUUUCGACUCUUCAGCAUCUAUCCUCAGCCUGGCUGUUGCGCCUGAUGAUGAAGUCAUUGCUGUCGGGAUGACCAAUGGCGUGUUGAGCGUCAGACACAGGAAACACAAAGAUGUAAAAGAGACACUGAUUGGUCGAAGGCGACGAGGCCCAGCAUACCGGGUGUUUGUAAAGGGGAAGAACUUCACACCUAAACAGGACGAUUUCCUGGUCAGUAAACCAGUAAAACAGCAUCUGCAGAAACACGACAAACUACUGAAAAGUUUUGAAGUGUCUAAAGCCCUGGACGCAGCCCUGCAGACGUGGACUCGUAGCACUAAACCAGAGGUGCCCGUAGCGGUAAUCAUGGAGCUCAGCCGCAGAGGAACUCUGAAGAAUGCCCUCGCGGGACGAGAUGAAGAAAGCUUAGCCAAAAUCCUCAACUUCCUUCUCAAACACAUCACUGACCCACGAUUCUCUCGUCAGCUGGUUGUUGUCGGAGAUAUGCUUCUUGAUCUGUAUGAGCAGGUUAUUCCACAGUCACCUGUUGUCGAGCGGUUGCUGCAGCGUCUCAUGGAGGUGUUGGGUCGGGAAUCAGAGCUUCACCAGGAACUGCUACAGGUGUUGGGAAUAUUGGACACGCUUUUCGCAUCCCUGACUCCCAGAAAAGAAGUUCCAACCUUUGCUGGUCCACCGACGGAGUCACAGCCACAAGCCACUUGACACAUAUUAAAAACUCUGUGUGGUGACAUAAUCGAAACAUGCUACCGAAAGGGAAAUGGAAAUCGAGAGGAAACAUACAGGCAAGACGGCUGUGAGAGGACAGUUUCAUAAUCGUUGGAAUUGCUGGUGGUGAAAACUCGCUGUGUCAGCGUUUUUCCAUUUUCUGCUGAAGUGUGCAGAAUUUGAAACUGUAUUUUGUAUAUUCCUACUAUAAAGUGUUUUAAUCUGAGGUUUGUUUUGUUUUGUUUGUUCCCGUGACAUUUAUCUCAUCUGCUCUAAAACAAGUUCAUAUAUUUUGAAGUGAAAGUUAAAGCGUGUCAUUUCUUUGGCACUAGCAUCACCAAAUGUAAUUACACAAUAAUUACACCAUGAGUUACGUCAAGAGUCAAACUUUUCUGAGAAAUAAAUAAAUUAUGGCUUUAAAAUAGAAAGUAUUUUACCAAAAUAGUAACAUACAAAUGCUAGUUAUUAUCAGUACAUUGUAUGGAUCAAAAUUAGCAAUUAUUUUAUUUAUUAUUAUUAUUAUUCCAAAAAUCAUUAGGUUAUUAAGAAAAUAUCAAUUUCCAUUAAGAUAUUUUGUAAAUUUCCUACCAUAAAUAAAUCAAAAUGUAUUUAUCAUUAAUAAUAUGUGUUGCUAAGGACUUAAUUUGGUCAACUUUAAAGGGGAUUUUCUUUUUUAUUUCUUAUUUAUUUUUCCCCCUCAGAUUCAAAUUUUUUUAAAUAGUUGUAUUUUGGGCAAAUAUUGUCCUAUCCUAACAAACUGUACAUCAAUGGAUAGCUUAUUUAUUUCCCUAACCCUAAAAUGACUCAAUAUCAUGCUUGUCGUUUUCAUUAAAUAAUACAAAAUG